AUGAAUGGCCGUGUGCUCAGCAGUGCUGCUCCCUGGUGCAGAGGCAGUAGGACCCCCUUGAUUGAGGGCUGUGGUGCUUCCUCCACCAGCUCCUGUCAGUCCUCCAUCAGUGGGGAUCUGAGAGACAAGACCCUGAUGCCAUCCCGUGGGUGGUUUCACCGUGACCUGAGUGGGCUGGAAGCUGAAGCCUUACUGAAGGGACGAGGUGUCCAUGGGAGCUUCCUGGCUAGACCCAGUCGGAGGAACCAGGGGGAUUUUUCUCUUUCAGUCCGGGUUGGUGAUCAGGUAACCCACAUCCGCAUCCAGAAUACUGGGGAUUUCUAUGACCUGUAUGGAGGGGAGAAAUUUGCCACCUUGUCAGAACUGGUGGAGUACUACACACAGCAACAGGGCUCGCUGCAGGACAAAGAUGGAACCAUCAUCGACUUGCGAUACCCGCUCAACUGUUCUGACCCCACGACAGAGAGGUGGUACCAUGGGCAUCUGUCAGGCCCUGCAGCUGAGUCACUGCUCCAGGACAAAGCUACCCCUUGGACCUUCUUGGUGCGGGAGAGCCUCAGCAAACCUGGGGACUUUGUCUUGUCUGUUCUCACUGACCAGCCUAAACCUGGGUCUGAUGCUUCAGCUGGGGCAACCGGUGCCUCUGGGACCCGGCUCAAAGUCACACACAUCAAGAUCAUGUGUGAGAAUGGACGCUACACAGUUGGAGGUGCUGAGAUGUUUGACAGCUUGACAGAUCUGGUGGAGCACUUCAAGAAGAUUGGAAUUGAGGAGAUGUCUGGUUCCUUUGUGUACCUGAAGCAGCCCUACUAUGCUACGAGGGUGAAUGCUGCUGACAUUGAGAACAGAGUGCAGGAGCUGAACAAGAAGACAAGUCUGUCUGAGGAGACGUCCAAGGCUGGAUUCUGGGAGGAAUUUGAUAGCCUGCAAAAACAGGAAGCCAAGCACCUGUUUGACCGUCAUGAGGGCCAGAGACCUGAAAACAAGAGCAAGAACCGAUACAAGAACAUACUGCCCUUUGAUCACUCCAGAGUCAUCCUCCAGGGAAGGGACCCAAAUAUACCUGGAUCUGACUACAUCAAUGCCAACUAUGUCAAGAACACCCUGAUCAGCCCAGACGAGUGCACCAAGACCUACAUCGCCAGCCAGGGCUGCCUGGAUGCCACAGUCAAUGACUUGUGGCAAAUGGUGUGGCAGGAGAACACGCGCAUUAUUGUGAUGACGACACGGGAGGUAGAAAAAGGCCGGAACAAAUGUGUGCCUUACUGGCCGGAGCUGGGCAAUACAAAGGAGUACGGUCCCUACCUUGUGCAGAACACUGGCGAGCACGAUGCACUGGAGUACAAACUCCGGCACCUCUGCAUGUGCCCGAAGGAUAAUGGCAAGGCUGUGCGUGAGAUCUGGCACUACCAAUACCUGAGCUGGCCUGACCAUGGUGUACCCAGUGAGCCGGGAGGAGUCCUCAGCUUCCUCGACCAGAUAAACCAGAAGCAAGAAAGCAUCCCCAAUGCAGGGCCUAUUGUGGUACACUGCAGUGCUGGGAUUGGCCGCACUGGGACUAUCAUCGUCAUUGAUAUGAUAGUGGAGACAAUCUCCACCAAGGGGCUGGACUGCGACAUUGACAUCCAGAAGACCAUCCAGAUGGUGAGGGCCCAGCGAUCUGGGAUGGUGCAGACAGAGGCCCAGUACAAGUUCAUCUACAUGGCCAUCUGCCAGUUCAUAGAGACAACCAAGAAAAAGCUGGAGGUUAUCCAGUCUCAGAAAGGCAAGCCAAACGAGUGUGAGUAUGGGAAUAUUGCCUACCCCCCUGCAGUGAGGAAUGCACACCCCAAGGUUUCACGAAAACCCUCCAAGCAGAAAGAAGAGUCAACAGUGUAUGAAAACUUGGGGAAAAAGGAGGAGAAGGUGCGGAAACAACGCUCCUCAGAGAAGAAGCUGAAAGGCUCACUAAAGAAAAAAUAAUCAUACAUUGCAGCUAGCCCCACACAGCUGCAGGACUGGAGCUCACAUCCCAGCUGGCCUGUCUCACAUUCCUUGGACUGGAAUGAAGCCUUCCCCUUCUCUUCCACACCAGCUUUCAGUGCCGUAAAGCAGAGUGCUUUCCCGCUCAGCUGAUUGACUCCAUGGUCCCUUGCCUGUGCAGGCGAGCAAAGUCUUUCGCUGCCCCCUCAUCAUCCAUUAACAGGAAACUGUUACACCCCUCCUUUUCUUGCUCCCUGAGCACCGGGGCCCCAACUCACCUUUGCUGUGUCAGCUUCAGUGGAAUUCUCAGGGAAGAGCUAAGGAAGGUCAGCCUUCCUUAGGAGCUACAUCUCUGCCCACUGCUGUGAGUUAGAAUUUAGCCUGUUUGUGUUCCCUGAAGCCUCAGCUUUUCAAGAAUGGAGGUUUUGGCCUGUUUCAGCUCAGCUCCUUUGCAACUCAACAGGAGAUUUCCUCUUUCCUUGAUACCAACCU